AUGCGUCAGCCCUUCUUCUCUCUCGACGACCAGCGUAUCGAGGAGUGCGAUGAUGGGGACGGGCUGCCCUGGCCCGACGACGUCGUCGACGAGGCCCUCAUCUCCUCCCUGCCCGUCCUGGACGACGCCUUCCUAGAGGCCCUCGGAGUCGACUGCUCGCCGCCGGCGCCCAUGGACGUGGAAGUCGACCUGCGGGUCACCCAUUGCCCGGCCGCCUGCCCCAAGACCAACUCCGGCGGUGCGUUCCCGCGCUGGGACGUGCCCACGAAACCGCGCCGCCAGCCGGCCGCCGCGCGCAAGCGGCCCUGGUCCCACCCGUCCAUGUCUUUCGGAGUCCCGGCCGUCCACGAGGCGCCGGCCGCCCAUGGCGGACACGGUGUCAGCGCCGACAACGCCGGGGUGUUCAGUUACGGCAGCGGCAUCAAACCUGGCAAGUUGAUUUACGGCGGCAGCGACAUCAAACCCAGCAAGUUGAGUUUGAGUUACAGCAGCGACGGCAACGGCGGCGACUUGGGUGGCGGCCGCCGGCGGUCGGCGGGGCGGAAGCGAGAGCAGGCGCCGGAGGGCCAGGAAUGCGGGCACUGCCACACGACGGAGACGCCGCAGUGGCGGAACGGGCCGGGCGGGCCGGCCACGCUGUGCAACGCGUGCGGCAUCCGGUUCAGGAUGGGCAGGGACAAGCUGGUGCCGGAGUACCGGCCGUCGACGAGCCCCUUCUUCCGCAGCGGCGAGCACUCCAACCGCAACAGCAAGGUGCAGAAGCUCAGGGAGAAGAAGGUGAAGGCACUCAAGCUCUACGGCGAUGGCGGCGGCUCCGGUGCGCCUGGCGGCGCCAUGACGCCGGCGAAGGUCGCCGGCAAUGUAGAUACUGGUUCAGUUCUUUAG